AUCUUUUUUUGGAGAUUCUAAGUUAAUUUAAUUUAUUUAAAUUAUCUAUGUCCGCCCGAACGAUGACACAUUUAAUUUUCCUGGAGAUAACAGAGUUACAGAAAACAACACGAACAAAAAUCGAUGAUAAUCCCUUUUGGGUUAGAAAAAGCUGGAAACUACCGCUUCACCCCCACCAUAUAAAGUGUAUGAAAAGCUUUUCUGCAGCGCGCAAAAGCCGCCGCCUAGCAUCGUCGUCUCCUCCUUGUCUACGUAUGUUUUAUAUAUUUUCGAUUAAAACUUAAAAAUAUUUAAUACCACAAAGUAGAAGGAGGAACCCAGUGCCUAUUAAUACUUAAAGGAUUAAUAUAACACAAGUGGCUUAAUAAAAUGGAUAUUAGCGCCAGUGCCUUUAAUUUACAAAAUGAAGAGAAAGCCAUCGCCAAAGAAAGAAAACAAGACGAACAGUUUAAUCUCAUAAUAACCAGCUGCACCUCUUUGAGUCGAUAUGAAAGCAAAAGAUUUAAAACUUUACUACCUCAAAUUCUAGCUGCUUUAAUCUCGUCAUCUUACCACAUCGUUUAUGGAAUAUCUUUAGCCUUCUCAGCUGUUCUAAUUCCCGUUUUGGAGGAGACGGAAGGAGACUUAAAUAUAGAGAAAAAUGGCACAACUGGUGGAUUUAUUGCAAGUAUCAUAGUAAUUGUUGUGCCAAUAGCUUCAAUAGUAUGCGGUUUUAUAAUGGAUUACCUUGGGCGACUCCACACAUUAAAACUAACCACAAUUCCUGUUACGAUCGGUUGGGCCUUAAUAGCCACCGCUCAAAACAUCCCGAUGGUGUUAGUUGGACGCCUCUUAACCGGUUUAGCUGGAUCUUUUGGUACAAGUCCCGCUAUUGUUUAUAUAACGGAAAUAGCCCGUGCGGAUAUGAGGGGUUCGUUGAUUUCUUCGGCGCCCGCUUUUACAUCGUUAGGAAUGGUGUUGGCGUACUUAAUGGGUUGGUUUAUGACCUGGAGACAAGUGUCUUGGGUUUGUACCGCUCUCUCGAUCAUACCAUGCUUUUUGGUGUUAUUAAUCCCGGAGAGCCCCGUUUGGUUAGUUAGUAAAGGAAGGUUGGAGCAAGCGAGGAAAUCGUUGGAGUGGAUCCAUAAGUAUCAUCCAAAACCGCAAGAUAGGAUGCAAACCAUGGCAGAAUUACAUUUAGCCGUUUUAGUUAAAGACGACAGAAAGAAAAAAGAAGAGGCCCCCGCAAUUCGUUCAAAAGUCCAAAUCUUCAAGGAUUUAAUGAAACCAACCGCAUACAAACCUUUAAUUCUUUUGCUGGGUCUGUUCUGUUUCCAACAAUUCUCCGGAAUUUACAUAACUUUAUUCUACGCCAUACAUUUCUUCAAGAAAGUCGAUCAAAACCUUAAUCCCUACUUAGCCUCAAUAUUCCUCGGAACCGUACGUUUCGUAAUGUCCUUAGCAAACACCUACAUGUUACGUCGUUUCCAACGUCGUCCUCUCGUCUUAGUCAGUUGCGUUGGAAUGGCAAUUUGUAUGUUUAUUUCCGGUAUGUACACUCUCCAUGGGAAGAACGAUGGUACCAAUUCGUUCUUAAAAUGGGUUCCUGUCAUCCUUUUGGUUAUUUAUGUGAUCACCUCAAUGAUCGGGCUCCUCCCAAUUCCUUGGACGAUGUCGGCCGAAUUAUUCCCGUUGGAAAUUCGUGGAGUUGCUCAAAGUUUAUCUUAUAGUAUAGCGAAUACUUUGAUGUUUGCCGCAAUUCAAAGUUAUUAUCCGUUGGAGAGAUUGUUUGGGGGCGCAGCGGGAGUGCAAUUCUUUUUUGGGGUGAUGGCGUUGGCCGGAUUGGUUUAUUCGUUUGUGUUCCAACCGGAAACUCACGGAAAGAAAUUAACGGACAUCGUUGAGUAUUUCAACGAGAACACGAUUUAUCUGUUGGCGAAGAAAAAGGAGAAGAAGGGGAAAGAAAAGAAACCGAUUGUUAAAAAUCGCGCUGCCAAAACGGACGUGGAAAAAGCCGAUGAUAAAGGACAAAGUAAAAAUUUGAUGGAGGAAGGGAAUUAAGAUUUUUUUUAGGAGAAAUUUGGUGUAUUUAAGAAUUUUUAAUUAAUUAACUUAAUUUUUUUGAUUUAUUUAAAACUUAGAGACCAGUAUUAAUUUUUAAUUUCUGGUUAUUAUUAUUUUUUUUAAUAAUAAUGAUAAGUCGUACAACAUUUUUGCCAUAUACAAAAGUAAUUUCAAAACCUCGACAAGACAACAAUACUUACUUUUUAAGUACAUUUUUGUGAUAAUCUUAUUAUAAUGAUGUUUAUUAAAUAAUUUGUUUAUACAUUG